AAAAAAAGGUGUGGCUAAUGGCAAUCACUUUGGUGGUGUUCGGCGUUAGGGUUCUUCUGCGUUCCUGAGCCUCUCUCUGUGCAGAAAUUUCCUUUUUGUCUGUAUCAGUUUCUUUGGGGCUCUUUUCGUCCUUUUCCUCUUCUGGUGAGAUUUCUCCUCUUGGUGUGUAUUGAGACAGAAAAUUCGAUUCUGGUGGCUGUCAUUUGUUGUCGUUUUCAUUGAUUGAGCCCUGCGUUUGGUGCUUGUGUUCUACAAAUCCGGCUAGGGUUUGUAUCGUUUUGUUGCUCUCUCCUCUCCUUGUGGCAAUUUUCUAUAUAAAGGUUCUAGAUUGUUCAGGUGUUGCUUGAGGGACUGGUAAUGGUGUAACAUUUCUCCAUUCGGUGUGUGAAGAAAUGUAUUGAAAGAUAUGAUCUUUUUCAUAUCUAGUACUUGUUCGGUUCAAUCUGUUGCACCAGGCCUAGGUCCCAGAUUCGGAAUUAGAACAUAAGAUGCCACCCGGGUAUUUGUCGAGAUUAAGACAUGCUGUACAGGAUGGUGUCCAGAGACAGGUGACUGGGCAAGGGGGCUUAGUGGAUGGUCUUGAGGUUUUAAUCGGGCAAGGGAAGUUCGGGUUUGGCAGUUCGAAGUCGUUCCACUCUCGGCUUACUGACCCGAAAGGAUUUCUUGGACCUGCAACGGUUUUUGCUGCCAGCUCGGAUUUGCUAUUAGUUAACCAGAGAAGGAACCUCUCUGUGGUUGGAGCUGUUUCAAGGACUUUCUCUGUUCCAUCGGUAUCGGGUCCAUCAUUUCAGGUCUGUGGAUAUCACGUCGAUCUUCUGCUGUCUGAACCUAGUACAUCAGUUAGCCACAGCGGCAAGGUUCUAGGCAGAACAAUGGCAGCUUCUGGUUCCAAAUUCUUUGUUGAUCGCCAUUUAGACGCUCUGAUUUCAAAGCGUUCGCUGUCAGGAAAUAACACUUGUUUUGUCUAUGGAAGAAGCUUUUCCAGUUCUGGAAAGAUAAGUAUGAGACAUGGAAAACGACGUCAACCCGAGAAUUCUGCUACUAUCUAUGGGUUCUUUGUGUAUAGAGCUGCAAAGAAAUGGAUCGACUUCUAUCCACAUUCCGGGUGGGGAUUUAGAGGCUUCCAUAGUUCAAUAUCGAAUUACUUUUCAGCUGGGACUGCACCUGAACCCGAUGUUCCAUCCGAUAAUUCUCGUCGUGAGGAACAACUUAGAGAUUCUUCUUCUUCUUCUUCUUCCUCCGAGUCUUUAGGAGUAAACCUUACUUCCAAACCCUUGAAGCUUGUUUCGGGAUCAUGCUAUCUACCACAUCCCGAUAAAGAAGACACCGGAGGAGAGGAUGCUCACUUCAUUUGUCCAGAAGAGCAAGCAGUGGGUGUGGCCGAUGGUGUUGGCGGUUGGGCGGAUCUCGGGAUUGAUGCGGGUCUUUACUCCCGAGAACUGAUGUCAAAUUCCGUGAGUGCAAUCCAGGACGAGCCCAAAGGCUCGGUUGAUCCAGCCAGAGUGCUGGAGAAAGCUUACACCAGCACAAAGGCAAAAGGGUCUUCUACAGCUUGCAUCUUAGCCCUAACAGAUCUUGGACUUCAUGCCAUCAACUUAGGUGACAGUGGGUUCAUGGUGGUCCGAGAUGGAUGUACGGUUUUCCGUUCUCCCGUCCAGCAGCAUGAUUUCAACUUCACUUAUCAGCUCGAGAGCGGAAAUAACGGGGAUUUACCCAGCUCCGGCCAGGUUUUCACCGUUCAGGUUGCUCCUGGGGACAUUAUAAUCUCGGGAACGGAUGGAUUAUUCGAUAACCUUUACAACAACGAGAUUACUGCAGUAGUAGUUCAAGCCGUGAGAGGUGGCUUAGGUCCUAAGGUGACGGCACAGAAGAUAGCGGCUUUGGCACGGCAAAGAGCAGAGGACAGAGACAGGCAGACGCCAUUUUCGAAGGCGGCUCAGGACGCUGGGUUCCGUUACUACGGUGGCAAGCUUGAUGACAUCACGGUUGUUGUCUCUUACGUCACUGGCUCGGACAAGGAAACACGUUCGUAGUCAGAUCGAGCAAACAGAUGAAACAUUCACUUCACUCUGUGGUUUAGGGUUUUGUCCUUUGCAGAGAGACCUCUGUUUCUGUUCCUUCGUGAAACAUUCGUUCUGUUAUUGGGUUUGUGGUUUUGCUUUGUAAAUAGAAGAAACACGGCAGAAAGUUGGAACUUGAUAUUAUUGUUUUGUAUAGAUCGUUCAUCUCGGUGUUAGUUCGGUCUUUGUUUGUAGUAUUGGGCCAACAUAUGGGCCUAUGUAUGAAACGAAGUAUGGCCCAAUCGAGGUCUCUUUUCA